GCGCGGGCUCCGCCGGCACCAUGGAGUCCGAGGCGGCGGCCGGAGCCCGGAAGGCGCGGGGGCGCGGCUGUCACUGUCCCGGGGACGCUCCCUGGAGGCCUCCGCCACCGCGCGGGCCGGAGAGCCCCGCGCCCUGGCGACCUUGGAUCCAGACACCUGGAGAUGCUGAGCUGACCGGAACUGGAAGGCCGCUUGAACCUAGGGCUGACCAACACACUUUUGGAUCAAAGGAAGCCUUUGGGUUUCAGCAUCCUGUAAGAGUCUGUUUACCCAUGUCAAAGCGUCAAGAAUACCUGCAGAGCUCCGGGGAGCAAGUGCUGGCCAGUUUCCCAGUGCAAGCCACGAUUGACUUCUACGACGAUGAGUCCACUGAGUCUGCUUCGGAAGCUGAAGAGCCAGAGGAAGGACCCCCGCCCCUCCAUCUUCCGCCCCAGGAGGCGGGAGGUCUGCAGGAAAAAGGCAGAGACCAGGGCAUCAACUGAGGGUAGCGAUCCUCAGGAGGGGGUGACCCCUGUGGGGAGGGUCCGCUCCCUCACGGCGACUCCUCAAGGGGCGGCGAGUGCUCCUCAUCCAAAUGAGUCUGUCUCUGUCUCCUGGGCCCUGCUCCAGGACCUGCCCCAACAUUCUGUUGGGGACACCCGAGCCAGGACACCACGCAUCCCUGCUGAGUGUACAGAGGCUGGAGACUUCUCGGGCAGCCCCUGGCCCGCACACUACUCAGGGCAGAGAGUCAGCUUUUACUUUUCUUUCUCCUGGCGAUUCGUUUUUGGUGCACUCAUGCAUACCUUUGAGAGAGGAUUCCAGGACAAAGAGAAGGUCUGUGUCAACACAGUUGUUAUCUGGUAGAGCCCAUUUUCACAGCUCCUUCGAGCAUUGUCACUCGCUGAUCAGGUAACGGAUUCUUCCUAGUCACCCACUCCACCUCCUACUUAAGCUGAGACUCAUUACUUAGCUCUUUCUGCUUUUGUAAAAACAAUUUAGAUAUUAAACCCCAUUUUAAUCUAUCAUCCAAGGGCAGAUGCAGUUGCUUAGUAGCAUUUUGAAAAACAAACAAACAAAAAGGUUUGGUUUGGUUUGGUUUUGUGACAGAGUUUCGCUCUUGUUGCCCAGGCUGGAGUACAGUGGCAGGAUGGUCUCGAUCU